AUGGCACCACCGGCAUUUUCGAGACCAGACAACGUGCUCAAGCGUGCCGAGGAUUUGAUUGGAGUCAAUCAAUCCGAUGCCGCUCUUCAAACGUUGUAUGAACUGAUCACGUCCAAGCGUACCCGCUCGUUUUCUCCAGCCGAAUUGGAACCCGUGGCUAUUUUGUUUGUGACUCUUGCUGUUGAGCUGAGAAACGCAAAGCUUGUGAAAGAUGGUCUGCAUCAGUAUAAAAAGAAUGUGCAGGCCGGCUCUACAGGACUUCCAUCUGUUGAGGUGGUGGUCAAGAAGUUCAUCGAACUAUCUGAAGCCCAGCUUAGUGCUGCUCAGGAAAAGGCGGAUGCCGUUGCCGUUACCGAAGACGAUUUAGAGGCCGUGGAGCCUUCUCCAGAAGACAUUUUACUCUCCUCUGUUUCCACGGAUGACACUCGUGACCGUUCAGACCGUGAGUUGGUCAAUCCUUCUCUUAGGUUCUUGUGGGAAGCCUACAGAACCGUUCUGGAUAUCUUGAGAAACAACUCGAAGCUCGAGCAGACGUACGCUUUUGUUGUCAGUCAAGCCUUUCAGUUUUGUCUCAAGUACAACAGGAAGACUGAGUUUCGCAGACUGUGUGACUUUCUGAGAGCACACAUUCUUGCUGCUGCUCAAAAGACUCCUGGUCACCAAGCUGUCAACCCUAUUGACCUUUCUGACCCAGACACUUUGCAGAGACACUUGGAAAUGCGUUUUCAACAACUGAACGUCUCUGUCAAGCUUGAGCUUUGGCAAGAAUCUUUCAGAACUGUUGAGGAUGUCCACACUCUGUUGAUCAGCUCUAAGAGACAGCCAAGACCAAGCAUGAUGGUGAACUACUACGAGAACAUGGCCAAGAUCUUUGCUGUUUCUAACAACAGUCUGUUCCGUGCUGCAGCAUGGCAGAAGUUCUUCAACCUGUACUCUCAGUCUCCGCUGGCUACCGACAAGGACCUAAAGCACUAUGCUUCCGUGUACCUACUGUCUACUCUGGCCAUCCCUCAAGAUAGCCGUGUCACUACUGCUAACGAUGACUUUGGGAGGCGUAAGAAGGCCAGAUUGGCGUCGCUUUUAAACCUGUCUAAGGUUCCUACCAGAGAAUCCUUGAUUGAGUCUGUUCUGAGCAAAAAGCUUCUCAAGAUUGUGGACCCUUCCCUGGCCAGAUUUUACGACCUCAUUGAGGCUGAUUUCCACCCAUUGUCGUUCGCUACCAAAUCGAAAGCUAUUUUUGCCGAGAUCGAAAGUAACAAAGAUUUUGCCUCUUACAUCAGACCUCUUACCGAGGUUAUCCUUACCAGAUUAUUCGAGCAGGUUUCUCAAGUCUAUGAAUCUAUCAAGCUUGACUUUUUGGUACGUCUGUCAACCUUUGAAGGUGCUUUCAAAUUGACUCCUUCCGAAAUUGAGACUCUAUUGAUCGAGGCUGGUCAGAAAAACUUGCUUGCUGUUAAGAUCAACCACGAUGCCAAGGUUGUUUCUUUCCGGUCAGAUCCAUUUGAAGAUGCAAGCACUGUUUCUGACUUGACUAUUACCAAGCAACUGCAACCAUCUCCAGCUGAGUUGAUUCGUCAUCAGCUGAGCACUUUGGCCAAAUCUUUAACUGAAUCCUUGAGAAUUCUCGACCCAACCAUCAGUGAAUCUGAGAAGGAGAACCGUGCAGAGGCUUUGCAGAAAGCUAACGCGGAGUUCGAGAAUGAAAGGGCCGAGAUCGUUAGUCGUUACGAGAUUGUUGACGCCAGAAAGGAGAAGCGUUCGGAAGAGAACCGUAGAAAGGAGGAGGAGCAGGCUAGAGCCAGAUUGGAGAAGCUUGCUGCCGAGAGAAAGGCCGAACAAGAGCGCAUGGAACAAGAGGCCGAAAGAAGAAGACUUGAAAAACUGGAAAGAGAGAAGCAGGAAAUCACCGAAAGAGAGAAGAGAAAGGCGGUGGAGGAAAUUAACGCCAAGGGUAUCAUUAAGGUUGAUCUUGAUGAUCUUGACAAUAUUGAUCCAGACAGACUUAAGGGAAUGCAAUUGCAACAGCUUGAGAAGGAAAGAAAGGAAAUGGAAGAGAAACUCAAGAGCACCGCCAGAAAGUUUGAUCACAUUGAAAGAGCUCAAAGAAAGUUUGAGCUCUCCCUUCUGGAAAAGGAUUCUGAAAUUCAAAAGGUUAAGGACUUAGAGGAUUACGAGGCCAUGAAGAGCAAGCUUUUGGCCCAAGCCAAGAAGGACCAUGACGAGUCCCUCAAAUUGCGCGAUCGCCUGAAGAGAACGGUGCCAGACUACACUUCUUUCGUCUCGAAAAUUAGGGAGGAAAAAUCUGCUACCCUCAUCAAGUUGCGUGAGGAUGCUCGGAAGAAUCUUGAGGCUGCGAAGGCCGAGAGAGUUCAACAGAUUAUUUCCGAGAGAAAAGCCAGAGCCGAGGCCGAAAAGAGAGAAAGAGAAGAAGCUGAGAGAAGAGCUGAAUUCGAGAGAAAGGAAGCCGAAAGAAUUAACGAAGAAAGAGAAAGGGCCAGAGUUGAGGAGGAACAAAAGGCUGAAAAGGCAAGGGCCAACCUCAGUUUCUCCGAGAUCCAAAGGCUUAAGAGAGAACAACAGUUUAGGGAGCCUUCUGGAGGGAGAGAUUUUGAGGCUCCUCCAAGAAAGGGUUCAGGCCUGCCUCCUCCUUCUGAGUUUUCUGCUCCUCCUCGGAGACAGUUCGAGCCGGUCUCUCAGCCUUCCUAUGGAGCUCCCGCACCAGCCUCUGAUAAGCCGAUGUCUUUCGCAGAGAAGAUGCGUUUGAAGAGAAUGCAAGGUGGUAGAUAA